UAACAAAACGAUGUUCCUACGAGAUGGGAAAGUGACCAUCUGCGGGGCAGGGGGAGACUGGGGAGAAGUGGGGACCCGAGAGAGGUUCCGUGGAGCCAGGUGCCUCUGCCCUAGGAUGAGAUUCAAACUGAUGCGGCACAUUUUUGCGGGGGCUACCCAGCUAGCUGUUAUGAAAUACAAGUCAGAUUUAUGAUCUUUCUCAUAUUGAACAUGAUAUGCUAUGCUGACGCUGCAUGUGACAGUUUAAUCAAAUCCAUUUGUUACCACGAAGCUAAAAGGGGCCGCUGGGAUUUUCGGAUUACGGGCAGAGUUAGGGAAGCAUGUGGCUUUGUCAUUCGCCAUCAUUUUGCAAACUGCCACACGGCGAGGGGGCUCUGUGUGUGCGCGGUGUCUCGUCUGGCCGCCCUCGUCCCUUCCCCCACCCCCCGCCGCCGCUCCGACCCGCUCCCAAAGUGGCUUCACAAUAGUCGGUCGUCGGCGGUGUAGGCUGCGCACCAGGUCCGCACUUGAGCUAAAUCCGAGGGGCCCCCUUCCACUUCCACCUUUGGGCUGGGUGCUCAAUGCGAAGCUGCGGCAACUCAGGCACGCCUAAGUCAACUCAUGCAGAAAAAGGAGAAAAGUUUUGGUAUACAAAUGCUCUCAGUCCAGCCAGACACCAAGCCGAAAGGUUGUGCUGGCUGCAACCGAAAGAUCAAGGACCGGUAUCUUCUAAAGGCACUGGACAAAUACUGGCAUGAGGACUGCCUGAAGUGUGCCUGCUGCGACUGUCGGUUGGGAGAGGUGGGCUCCACCCUGUACACUAAAGCUAACCUUAUCCUUUGUCGCAGAGACUAUCUGAGGCUCUUCGGUGUAACAGGAAACUGUGCCGCGUGUAGUAAGCUCAUCCCUGCCUUUGAGAUGGUGAUGCGAGCCAAGGACAAUGUUUACCACCUCGACUGCUUCGCAUGUCAGCUUUGUAAUCAGAGAUUUUGUGUUGGCGACAAAUUUUUCCUAAAGAAUAACAUGAUCCUUUGCCAGACGGACUACGAGGAAGGUUUAAUGAAAGAAGGUUAUGCACCCCAGGUUCGCUGAUCUAUCAACAUCACCCCAUUAAGAAUACAAAGCACUACAUUCUUUUAUCUUUUUUGCUCCACGUGUAUAUAAGGAUUGACACGGGAACCAACUGAAUAGCGUAGAUAUAGGAAAGCAGGAUGGUUAUUUGGAAUAAAAGGCGGACUGCAUCUGUAUGUAGUGAAAUUGCCCCAGUUCAGAGUUGAAUGUUUAUUAUUAAAGAAAAAAAAGUAAUGUACAUAUUGCUGGAUUUUUUUGCUUGCUAUUCGUUUUUUGUGUCACUUGGCAUGAGAUGUUUAUUUUGGACUAUUGUAUAUAAUGUAUUGUAAUAUUUGAAGCACAAAUGUAAUACAGUUUUAUUGUGUUACCAUUUGUGUUCUGUUUGCUUCUUUGUAUUGUUGCAUUUAGUACAAUCAGUGUUUCAGCUUACUGUAUAUUUAUGCUUUCUGUAUCGACCAGCUAUUUUAAAUGAGCUGUAACUUUCUAGUAAAAAAUUGAAGAGCAAAUCUCACUAAUGAUACACAUAUAGAUAAAGCAAGUCGAUCCACAUUAAAAAAAAAUACUGAAAAAUAAAGACACACAAAGCUUUUUAGCAACAUCUACUCUUAUUGCCACAAUGAUUUAGUCUAUCGGUGUUCUCAUUAUAACCCCCUAUUUUCAGGGGGUUAAAGAUCAGCUUUAAAAAAAUGCAUAAAAAUUUCAUCUUAAAGCACUUUCGUUUUUUACCAACGUGAAAAGUGCCAUUUUUAGAAUAACCUUAAAGCUUAACAGUUGUCCUCUUAUCCUUUUCUGUGCUCUUUACCUAGUCAAUGGCUUUGUUUUGUUUCUUUCAGCCAUUCACCCCUGAUGUGAACUAGUGCCUUUGGGUAUUAUGUAAAAUUUUUCCAAAGGGUUACUUUAAAAAAAAGAAGAAGAAGAAGUGUUACCGCAAUUAUGAGAUAAUUAAUUUUAAAAUGAUAAAUUUCUUGUCCAGAUGUUGCCCAGAUUUCUCCAUAAGAGCUAAGGGUUUAAUAACUUGAUGGCUUGUUACGUUUCUGGCACUAAAAGGUUUUGAGUGCACAUCUCCUGAAACCAUGAUCGUGGACGUUGCAGCUCUGAUGCGAUCUGAGAAGUGAAGUUCAUUUUGAUCAGAGCAACCUAGUGCUCACAUAGUCGCACAUAGUUGUCUAGAAGAAGAGAAACAAAGGGAUUGAUAAAAAGCUGAGAAUUGGUGAUUAUAUAUUUUUCUGUAUUUAUCUGCCACUUCUUUUAAUGUUCAAAAGUGAACACUUGAAAAGUUUGAUGUGUCUUACUCUCGUUCCUUCCUCUAAGUCAUUAGCCACCCAGAAUGACUUAGGCUGAAAUCUGUCGUUCCCUUUUUGUCAAAGGUGAAAAAUUAUUCCCUUACCUCCGUGAUAGCUGAUAAAGAAGAAAGCUUUCUAGAGACAAAAAUUGUGGAGACUGAUUACUUAAGUGACAAUUAAGGAAAUAAAAAUGAGACUAUGUUCCCUUUUUCUGGGUUGCACACACUUGGCUUCUUUGCUUCCGCUGCCUGUACUCGAACUGCUUUUCAACAAAUCUAAUUCCACGCGGGCACAAUGAAGCGUAUUUUUAACUAGAGCAAAUUUUCGUGGUGUAGCUUUUCUUUCAUUGUUUUUUUUUCUUUGAUCACUUGUAGAGGAAACAGUAUUUCCCAGUGUUAUUUGCCUAUAUACUUUGUCCUGCCAAUAUAUGCAUUGCAGCUGAAAAUUAAAUGUGAUACCUGAAUUCUUGGUUUGGGGCUAAAAUAUUAAGCUGAAAAUAACGCUGGUGUGAAUUUGAGUUGUCUUCAAAGCUUUACUCUGAACAUGCAUGUGAACCUGAAUCUUGCCUCUCAUUUUUUAAGAAAAUGGUUCUGUGAGAAGUGAAUGAUACGUACUUUUACAAAUGCGUCAUGAUUAAGGGUGUUUAAGUCACAUGUCCCCCACAUUUGAGAUACAGCCAAAAACGCUUUUCAAAAAUAGCAGCUUGGGGCCCACGAAAUAACUGUUGUUUUAACCUCAGAGCCUUACAUUUGUUUCAUGAAAAGACUUGCAUCAUCAAAACCAAAAACACAAAACAGAACAAAUGCGAAGAGGAUAGAAGAGAUGUGAGAAGCGGUUUUCAUAACCCAGCCCUGCUCGUCCCCAUUGAGUUGUUUGAAAUUCAUGUGGAUGGAAAGUUUUCAUUGUCAGUAUCUUUUGCAAAUGAUCUUUUUUAGAUUUAAACGGCUUCACAUAUGUUUAUUGAUAUGUCAAAAUACUUGUAAACUCUGAAACAAACUUCCCUCAGCUUCUUGAAGGUGUUCAGUUAUCCCUGACACCCAAAGACCGAACAAGGUUUUUACUGCCUUUUCGUUUGGACUAAUCCUUUGGGAAUUAAUUCUUAUGCUUUUUGCUACAAACAAAAUUACUCACCUGGGUUAAAGAUUAAGGCCUUAAUCUCCUUAGAUUAUCUUUAAUCUCCAUGAAAUGGUGAAACAAGACAGAAAUAGACCGUUUGAUAGCUAAUUACCCCCUAAAUAGUAGCAUUUUUGACCUGAAAUACUAAGCUAAUUGUCUUGACUACUCAAAGUCCCUGAAUUGUUGUCAACUUUCCUCUUUGUGUUGUGUAGCCCUGACAUCACUUAGCUUGUUAUCUGAAGCCUCCCGUAGGACACCUGGGAUGGAGCUUUGAUUCGUCAAGCAGCAAAAGCCCCCUUCCUAACGUGCAUCUCCCAUAGGCGGCCUGUGAUGCAGGACCAGGCGUCUCCGCGCCACCAGAGUGCUGGCUGAGUUGAAAAACUGACCUGUGUUUGUAAUUUUACUUUCAUCUUCCUUAAUAAAUAUCUGCUGGAUUCUUUCA